AACGGUGCACCGACAAGAUGGCCGCGGGCGUGCGGAAACGCGCCCGGGCGGGACCCCCACCCCGGUUGGCGGGACUCUGCGGACAAUGGUUGCGGCGCGCCUGGCAAGAGCGGCGUCUACUGCUGCUGGAGCCGCGUUACACGCUGCUGGUGGCUGCCUGCCUCUGCCUGGCGGAGGUGGGCAUCACCUUCUGGGUCAUUCACAGGGUGGCAUAUACAGAGAUUGACUGGAAGGCCUACAUGGCUGAGGUAGAGGGCGUCAUCAACGGCACCUACGACUAUACCCAACUACAGGGCGACACCGGACCUCUUGUAUACCCAGCCGGCUUUGUGUACAUCUUUAUGGGGCUAUACUAUGUCACUGGCCAUGGCACUGACAUCCGCAUGGCCCAGCAUAUCUUUGCUGUGCUCUACCUGGCCACCUUGCUGCUUGUCUUUUUGAUCUACCACCAGACCUGCAAGGUACCUCCCUUCGUCUUUUUCUUCAUGUGCUGUGCCUCUUACCGUGUCCACUCCAUCUUUGUGUUGCGGCUCUUCAAUGACCCAGUGGCCAUGGCGCUGCUUUUCCUCAGUAUCAACCUUUUGCUGGCCCAGCGCUGGGGCUGGGGUUGCUGCUGUUUCAGCCUGGCAGUCUCUGUGAAGAUGAACGUGCUCCUCUUCGCCCCUGGAUUGCUAUUUCUUCUCCUCACACAAUUUGGCCUCCGUGGGGCCCUCCCCAAGCUGGGCAUCUGUGCCGUCCUACAGGUGUUGCUGGGGCUGCCCUUCCUGCUGGAGAACCCCAUCGGGUACCUGUCCCGCUCCUUUGACCUGGGCCGCCAGUUUCUCUUCCGCUGGACAGUGAACUGGCGCUUCCUCCCCGAGACCCUCUUCCUGCAUCGCGCCUUCCACCUGGCUCUGUUGGCCACCCACCUCACCCUGCUCUUGCUCUUUGUUCUCUGCAGGUGGCACAGGGGAAAGUAUCCUGUCGCUGCUGAAGGAUCCCUCCAAAAGGAAGGUUCCACCCCAGCCCCUCACAGCCAAUCAUAUCCUUUAAGUCAUGGGAAGCCCCUGUCCCCUCUGCUCCUGCCCUUGGCCUUGACCACUGCAUACAGAUCGUUUCCACCCUCUUCACCUCCAACUUCAUUGGCAUCUGCUUCAGCCGUUCUCUCCACUACCAGUUCUACGUCUGGUAUUUCCACACACUGCCCUACCUCCUGUGGGCCACGCCUGCACGCUGGCUCACACACCUGCUCAGGUUGCUGGUGCUGGGGCUCAUCGAGCUCUCCUGGAACACAUACCCAUCCACGUCCUGCAGCUCUGCUGCUCUGCACGUGUGCCAUGCUGUCAUCCUGCUGCAGCUCUGGCUGGGCCCCCAGCCCUUCCCCAAGAGCAUCCAGCACAGCAAGAAAGCCCACUGAGACCACCUCUGCCCCCUUCUCAGGACCCUGGACGUGGAUGGACUCUGUGCCCUUCCCAAUAAACUUUACCAAGUCCACUUCUGUGCAGCCUACAUGGAGGUGCCUAGACCAACUAGUGAGGGGUAUGCAUGCGGCAGAUAAAGAACUCGUUCAGGUGGUAUUAAGAGGCACUUUAUUGCAUAGGAUUUGGGGGCUGUGGCUCUCUCCUCUUUUACCGCACUGUACAGAGCUCAGAGGGGAAGGAGCAGGGGGCAGGAGUGGGAGAGAGCACAGGCAGGCACUUUGGGAGAUAAAGGGUUUUGGAAGGGGAUGAGAAGCAGUGGGAGGCAGGCUGUCACCA